UCAAGGAUUUAUUCUAAAUAUCAUGUUUGAACUGUUGAAUGACGUGCUGACCUUCAAAUAUAGAUAAUAAUUGUUUUAUCACGGUGACACCAUGGAUAAGAAAGAAGCAAUAUGUUUGGAUUUUUUAAUUGAAGAGUGCAUUGUAAAUUUAUGAUUCUAAUUAUAAAGGAUAGACUAUGGAACAUAAGGAUCAGCUUGAGAACAAGAAAUACAGGAACUGGGUGAGAGCCGGACUUGGUAUUAAAUAUGUAAAAGACGGCUUGGAACCAUUCUGCGACCAUCUUGUUAUCCAGCAGCAUGUUGAUAUCUUAGAUAAAGUUAAACAGAAACACAAUCUUUCGACAGUAGCCUGUGGACUCUGCGAUGUACGCACACUCCAGCCGGAUCAUGUUCAAACCAAAAAUAAACAGUGUCCUCUCGGUCAAACGCAUUGUAACUGUCUACACCCACGCGGGAAAACGUCUUGUCCCAACAACGUAUGUGGUGCCAUAUACGACGAAAUUAUUAGGCGACACGCAUCCACACCUCCCGCUCCAUGCUGGAGAAACACAGAUGCACAUCAGUGGUGCACCGAACCUUGGGCUGUUGCAAAAUGUUUCAUAAAUGCUCCAGGAUAUGAACACAAGACAAAAGCAACCGAGUUUGACUGUUCCGGUUUGUUGCACCUGUUGAUUGAUAACAUAGAGUUUCAUCAACAUAUCCAGAGUGGUAUAUCUGGUAAUGAUGCUUUCUCAAGGGUACUUCAACACAGAAACGCCAUAUUUCAUUGUAACAAUAUGGAAGUAGAGGACACAGACAUUGCAAAUUAUAUAGAGGAUAUGAUAGAACUGCUACAAGAUGAUAAAGAAAUCAAAGAUAGACAAGAAUCUAAAAAUGCGGUCAAGAAACUGCUUGAGCUAAAGCAGGAAAAGUUUUUAAUAACAACUACAGAUGAAUUGGAAGUCCGUCGUAUUGCAAUGGAUGCAAUCGAAGAGAAGGAAAAGAAUCUUGAACAGAGAAUAGUUGACGCUACGACUGAAAUUGGUGAAAGUGAAAAGCAGAUAAAGGUGAUAGGUUCAACUAUAAAACACGAACUCGCGCAGAAAAGGGUUGAAAUGAAAGAUGAUUUGAGAAAGACCGGAAUCGACUCAAUAGGAAGACUCGAGAAGAAAGAGAAAGAAAUCAAGGAAGUGCUUAGGAUGAAAGAAAUUGAAUCUGCAAAGAAGAUGGAUCAAAAAGAGAGAGAAAGCAAAGAUAAUUUGAGAAAGAUAGAAGUUGAUCUAAAACAGAAAUUGGAACAGAAAGAGUUGCAAAUCAAACAGAAUUUGAGAGUGACAGAAGUUAACUCAAAGGAGGGACUUAAGCAUGAAGGGAUAGAAAUUAAAAAGAAUUUAAGAGUGGUAGAAUUGGAUUCAAAAGGGAGACUAGAUCAGAAAGGAAAAGAAAUUGAAAAGCAUUUAGAGCGUAAAGGAGAAGAUAUACUUUAUCAACUGGAAAGAAAACAGUCAGCUCAGAUUCAAAUCGAAGGCAGGCGUAGUGACGACAUUAGUAAGGUAAAAUUAUAUAAAUAAUGCAUUCUUCAGAGGGUGACUUUAAGAUAUUCAUCGCGAGAAAUACAUGUUUGAAUACAGACCGGAUUGAUAUUUAUAUUUCGAGGGUUUUUAUGUCCCCAGCAUCUACUGAUGCGGGAGGUAUAUAGUGAUUACCCUGUCCGUUCGUCCGUCCCCCGUUCGUACGAGGUUAACCAAAUGGGACCGUUUCGUCUAGCAUCAGUACCCCUUACUAGAAUGACUUGAUACUAAUGCAGAUGUCACCUGUGACCAUUUUUCAU